AUCCAUUACCAGGUUAUCCGCAACCACCAGUUUACAAAAGAUUGCUUGGAAAUAGAUUGUCAGCAAGAUGUGGGGAUUGGGAAGCAAAGGUUUUUUUAAAUUAGUUGUGGAAGGGCUAGGGAGCAGUGCUGUCCGCAAUUGCGGAUUGUGGUUUUUUGGACUUGCGGACUGCGGUCUAGAUAAUUUGCGGUCCAAAGUCCGCAAAUUUUUUCAAUUUGCGGACAGCCCUGGUGGCGAUUUUUAAUUUUGUUUAACGAAGCCAGAUAGUUCUCUCUCAGAAGCACAGCUUGAAAUGCAGUAACUUUUAGAAAUCAGGGCAGUCCAUCGUGAACCCAAUAGCCAGACGAAUAUAUUUCUUAUUACUGAUCAUAGUGCUCCAUUUCAUUAGCUGUCGAAGUUUAAGAACUCCCUUGUUUAUUAAAUUCUGUUUAAUUUUCAGUCUAUUAUCGAAGAAUUGAAAAAGGAUCCAAUUACAAUUCCUGAAUUCGUUGCAAAAUUUCAACAUGUCAAUCAAAUUGAAUGGGCACAAGUUUGGUUGGACUCAAUGGAAAAUUCCUCAAAAGAAUCAAAAGUCAAAUACGUCAGAAAGAAGCAAGAAAUGCAUUAUUACCGAAUUAUUGUUGACAAAAAAUUCAUUGAAGCAAACAAAUUGCGUAGAAAAUGUGAAAUUUCGGUGAUACCGAAUACUGUUUGUUGGACUCCGAAUUCUGAUUGUGAACAAUAUACGGGUUUUGUUGAUGAACUUUUUGAACGCGAUUCUAUAAUUGUUGUAAAAUUUUUUCCUUCAAAAAUUUAUCCGCCAGAACAUAUGGAUCCGUCUUUGACAUAUCAAGUAAUUGCUCUGCCAAGUAUAUUUGUAUUUAACACUCGUUGCCGUACUUUGGAUACGUUGACUCAAUUUCCUGGAAAUUGGGCAAAAUGUAUUUUUCCUAGCUAUAGAAAUGAGCUUGCUAAACAAUUGCUCCCAAUGAAAAAUUAUGAAUCUUUUGAAAAAGAAUUUAUUUCUUCAACAACAUUUUCUCCUUCUCGCCAAUUUAACUACAAACAAAAAAUUGCAAUUCACGCAAUAGUUUCUGGUUUACAUGGAAAUAUUCCCUAUAUUUUAUUUGGACCUCCUGGAACUGGAAAAACUGUAACUUUGGUUGAAUCUGUUAGAUUAAUUUGUGAAAAUGAUUCUAUGGCUAGAAUACUUGUUUGUACGCCGUCAAAUACUGCAGCAGAUGCCUUUACUCUUUGUUUAAUGUCCACAAAUGCUUUUACCUCAGGUUCUAUUCUUCGAAUAUUUUCACUUUCAAAAGCUGUAUAUGAACAAAAUGAUGCCUUAUUUGAUAAAAAUCAAAGCGUUUUGUGUAUAAAAGACUCGUCAGAAGGCCCUCAAUUUGGAAUUUUUCCGAAAAAUGAAUUAAUUGCAAAGAAGCGUGUUAUAAUUUGCACUUUGAAUACUUCAACAUAUUUGGUAUUUUUUAUUUAA